CCCAGUCAAAAUGUAUGAAUCUGUGACCUUCAUUUGGAUGUUGCUUUUAUAUGCAGCCUCUGGAGAGAACACUACGGAGUACUAUAUAAGUUCUACCACAGAAAAUACAACAUGGGCAGAACGUGCAACAUAUGGAUAUCAGUGUGGUGGCUUCCUCUCAGAUCCAUCUGGGUCUUUUUCUAGUCCAUAUUACCCUGGAAACGGUCUCAUCACACAGUGUGUCUGGGAAAUACAAACAGACAAUUAUCAGAUAGUACUAGUUUUCUCCUAUGUUAGUUUGAACUGCUCUCAGGAAUUUAUUGAAAUCUAUGAUGGACACCUGUAUACAUCACCUUUAAUUGGGAAAAUCUGUAAUGGUUCAAAUCUCAGCUACUCAUCAUCUUCAGACACUCUGACAGUUCUAUUAAACAGAGCCUCUUAUAAUUCAGAAUAUGGAUUUUCUGCUUUUUAUUACCCUGUACUUCCAGAGCUUUCUACUUCUCCAUCAAGGACAUCAGAUCCUCCAAGUACUUUACCAACUCAUGAAAAUUCAACAAAUGGCUGGUGUGGUGGCUACUUUUUUACACCUUCUGGAUCAUUCUCUAGCCCAUUCUUUGUCUGGAACUCUCCAGAGAAUGUACAGUGUGUCUGGCAUAUAGAAGUAAAGAACAAUUAUUAUAUCCGACUCACCUUUACGCACCUCAAUCUAGAAGAUUCAUAUAAUUGUGUUUAUGACUUUGUUGAAGUCUAUGAUGGUCCUCAGAGUACAUCUCCUCUACUUGGAAGGCUUUGUGGUGGUUCAAAUUAUACAUUUACAUCAUCUUCAAAUACAAUGACUGUUCUGUUUUCAAGUAACUUUAGUUCGAUAAGAAAUGGAUUCAAUGCUUACUAUGAUUCAUUUCCAGAAAAUAACAAUGCUACAGCAGUGUCAUGUUCUGGACAAUACAUGCGUGCAGUCAUUAACAGAACCUAUCUUCAGUCUCUGGGCUACAAUGCUUGGGAUGUUUAUCUGAACAAUUCAUCCUGUGAGCCACACGAGAUCACAGAAAAUUAUGUUGCAUUUAACAUACCUUUUAAUGGAUGUGGUACAAUAAGACAGGUAAAAAAUAACACCAUCUCCUAUUCUAAUGUAAUCAGCACUUCUCCUUCUGGUUACAUUAUCACAAGGGAAAAUGACUUUCAGUUUCAUGUGACCUGUGAAAUGAACCAAGACACAACGGUAGAAAUAACAUAUGCUGCCAAAGGUCACAUUGACAUAAGGGAAACCCAGCAAGGCAGUUAUGAUGUGAAUAUUUCAUUUUAUGAAUCAUCUAAUUUUUCAAAUCCAGUUAACAAUUCCCCAUAUUAUGUUGACCUAAACCAGGAUUUAUACCUGCAAGCCACUCUUUACAGUUCCGAUUUAAAUCUGGUGAUAUUUAUGGACACAUGCCUGGCUUCUCCAUAUUCUGAUGACUUCACAGACCUAACUUAUGAUUUAAUCAGGAAUGGAUGUGUAAGAGAUUCUACCUACAGCUCCUACUAUUCACCAGUGGGAUACAUUGUUCGUUUCAAAUUCAAUGCCUUCAAGUUUCUCAACAGCCAUGCUGCUGUUUACUUGCAGUGCAUGAUAGUUGUAUGUAGGGCAUAUGAUUAUUCUUCUCGAUGCUACCAGGGAUGUUUAGCAAGGCGCAAGAGGGAUAUAAAUCCUUAUCAGGAGAAAAUAGAUGUGGUUGUGGGACCAAUCCAACAUAAAAAAGAUAUCAAUGAGGACAGAAAAUCUGACUUGCACAAUGGAGUUCUCCUGGAAAAAGAUGAUGUUCACAGCCCAUUUGUUGUUGCCACUUUGCUCUUGUCAGGAAUUGUUUUGGUUCUCAUUGGGGCCCUUUUGAGAAGUAAACUGAGAAGAAGAACUGAGUAUCAAGUGCUGUGAGAGAGUACCCUUAGGCAUCAUACGCAUGUGUUCAUGCACGUGUUCAAUAUCAAACAUCGGUACAAUGAUUUAAUGGGUAACACAGUAAAUUAAAAAAAGGAAAGAAGCUGGCUUUCAAAUAUACAGCACAUGUUCUAAUAUGAACUUUACCUGAUCACUAAACCUGAUUUGUAUGCACUAAACCUGAUUUGUAUGCACUUUAAAUGAAGAGUCUCAAAAAGGACUGGAGGAAAAUAAAGCUUCAGUUUUGUGUGUGCCAACAAAAGUGGAUGUGCCCCAAUUUCACCUGCAAUGUCUUGCCUGUGGACACUGAUAUGUUCAAAGUGGGUAACUGUGCAUCUUGUAGAUGGGUACACAAUUAUUUGAUUCUUGCAGCAUUUGGUGAUUUCCUGACAUGUUUACUGCAUUUGCACUUUGGCUAAAGUGAUCAGCCUGAACACAUUUAGGAAGAUUUUGACUAGCUCAGCUGCAGAGAAAGGACAUCUGUGAAAUUAAUCUAGACAUGGAGGGUGUUGAGCUCUUUGGAUUUGGGUGGGACCUAUCUCUGCAUUUAAUUAGUACAAGUAAGUGUAUUUCCCUGGAAGCAACAUGAAAAUUCCUGCUCUUGUUAAUUUAGUAAACAAUUGAUUAUUAAUGUAAUACAUCUUCAAAGCCAACAGUUUAGUAAAUAGAUCAGGGGUGGGCAAUAAUUUUUUGCCAGAGGCAGAGGAGUGGGCGAAGCCUCCUCCCUCCCUACCAGGAGCACUUGGAGUUUCUAAGUGCCACGUGCUCCUCACAGGGUGGGAGCAAGGCAGAGGAAACUUUGUGCA